AAAUCCUCAAGGAAGAAGAAGCCAAAGUUAUGACCGGAAGUGAGUUUUUUUCAGUCUCACGCUGUUAAGGAAACCUACAGACACAUUAGCUAUUUCCUUCUCGAGUCUAAAGGUAACGAGAGAUGAAAAAACAAGAUACGGAAGAGUCUACCACCCAGGCUGGUGAGGAUGCUGCGCCUACAGCAGCAGGGACGGAGUCACCUGCAGCCGCAAAGGACAGCUUGGACAGCAACAGCCCCAAAGAGUCUGAGCCACAGACGCCACAGACAGACACGCCGCCACAGGCCCAGGAGCGGGCAGGGGGAGAACCUCCACUGUCUCAGUGCGACAUGGCUGAGGAGCUGAGCAGGCAACUGGAGGACAUCCUCAGCACCUACUGUCGGGAAAGCCUUUCAGACGAUGCCAGCGCCUUGGCCAAUGGCCAGUCACACAGUCCAGAACUCAAUGGCCUGACCAAUGAAAAGGAAGAUGACAAGCCAGAGGAAAGCAAAGUCAAUGGUGGUGACAACAGUGUGGGGAAGGAGCAAAAGAAGACUCAAGAGAAGAGAAAAGUGAAGGGUCUGGGGAAGGAGAUCACACUUCUCAUGCAGACUCUAAACACAUUGAGCACCCCUGAGGAAAAACUGGCAGGCCUCUGUAAGAAGUAUGCUGAACUGUUGGAAGAGCACCGUAACACCCAGAAGCAGAUGAGGGCACUGCAGAAGAAGCAGAACCAGCUGGUCCAGGAGAAAGACAACCUGAGGAACGAACACAGCAAGGCCAUCCUGGCACGCAGCAAGCUGGAGAGUCUGUGCAGGGAGCUGCAGAGACACAACCGCACACUCAAGGAGGAAGGAAUGCAAAGAACCCGGCUGGAGGAGGAGAAAAGGAAGGAGGUGACUUCUCAUUUUCAGGUGACGCUGAACGACAUCCAGGCUCAGAUGCAGCAGCACGAUGAGAGGAAUGCCAGCCUCCGACAGGAGAACGCAGAGCUCGCCGAGAAGCUCAAGAAACUGUACGAACAGUACAAACUCCGAGAAGAACACAUAGAGAAAGUGGUGAAGCACAAAGACCUGCAACAACAGCUGGUGGAUGCAAAGCUGCACCAGGCCCAGGAGCUGCUCAAGGAGUCAGAGGAACGCCAUGAAAGAGAGAAAGACUUUUUGUUAAAAGAAGCAGUAGAGUCCCAGAGGAUGUGUGAGCUGAUGAAGCAGCAGGAAGUUCACCUCAAGCAGCAGUUAUCACUGUACACAGAGAAGUUUGAAGAGUUUCAGACCACAUUGUCCAAGAGCAAUGAAGUCUUCACCACUUUCAAGCAGGAGAUGGAGAAGAUGACUAAAAAGAUCAAAAAGCUGGAGAAGGAGACGGCCAUGUAUCGCUCCAGGUGGGAGAGCAGCAAUAAGGCUUUGCUGGAGAUGGCCGAGGAGAAAGCUGUACGGGACCGUGAGUUUGAGGCACUUCAGGGAAAAGUUCAGCGGCUGGAGAAGCUGCGACGGGCCCUGAAAGUCGAACGUAAUGAGCUGAAUAAGAAAGUCCAAAGCCUCAGCGGGGACACAGAAGGAGCCCCUACCUCCAACCCAGGGACCGACUCCCCCUCUCCACCGCCUACAGAUUCUCUGCUGGAGUCUGGCGCCUGCCCUGCCCCGGACACCACCACCACCACCACCUCCUCAUCUUGCUCCCACUCCUGCCACUGUGAGCCACAGCUGGACACAGACACCAUGUUGGAAGAGGCAAACACUCAGCCUGUCCAGGCACAGGAAUGAAGCAGCACUGCUCACACGUUCUUCAAACCACCCACAGAUAAGCCACCAGCCUGUAAGCCACUACUCCUCUGCUGGAUGGAGCUCAUGUUAAACACUGGGAUAGAAGCAAACUGGAAAGUCACACCUUUAUGUACGAGGCCAGAAUAUCAGAUCAACAUCUGACAGAAGGGUUUACUUGUGUUCUCCCAGAAUCCUCUGCACAACAACCUGUUGGUGUAAUUACAUGCACACUAUCACACAGUUACUGAAUGUAAAACCCUGUUUUCUACAAUAAUUAGGUUUUCUUGGAUCAUUUAUUAGCGUUUGUUAAGCAUCCCUAGCAUGAAACUCUACAGGAAGCAGCUAAUUAUCCACACAAAUUACUUCUAUUACAAUACGUUCAUAAAUCACUAAAGUUAAGGAUAUUCAUUAUAAUUACAAGGUAUUUUCUACCUCUGUAAUGUCACUGUGUGUUUAAACACUAGCAAUGAACAGGAACACAGGAUAAAGUAUCACCGUAACAACUAAAAUACAGCUACGAUGUACAAAAAUUUUACUUGUGUAGUCAUAUUAGUACAUGUAGAUUUGUAUAUGUACAAAUAAAACAUUUUUAACAAGGUAUAUGUAAGGCCCCUAUAAAUAAAUAUGAUUAUCUUCAUCACUCAGGUCAUUUUAUUUCCUGAGAUCUGCUGUUGUCCCCUCAACAUUAUUUAAUAAUAUAAAAUUAAAAAAAAAAGAUACAAAAGACAGAUUUAUAACUAAUCUGUGGCCUCAUUUCUGAUCCACUUAAACCGUCGUUUAUUAUUCAGUUUCUUCGUUUCCAGCUCUAAAGUUUAUUUACCCCAUUUUUCCCAUAUUUCUUUCAGUUUCUGACCUCACAGAUGUACUGCCAUACUCAAUAUUCUCCUUAAGUGUUUUUCCUGCUUUAAAUCACACAGUGAGUUUUCCAGAAACAAGUCUUUUUAAUGAUGGAGUGGAGUUGUCCAGUUUAGUGACUUGAAUUAGAUGAGGUGAGACCUAAUAAAUAACUAUCAACUACAGCAGCCACGUAUCCAGAUGGAUAAUGACUUUCUUAAAAUAAAAAAAUAAAGACCCCUGUGGUGCUAGUAUGAAGGGAAACUGUCCAUAGAAGUCAAAACAGUUUUUUUUCCCUAAACGUGCUUAUUAAUGCUUUGAAGUUGAGCAUGAAACCUAUGGCAACUGGCUUUUGGAGCCAGCCCCAAGUGGCCAGCAGAAGAACUGCAGUGUCUGGCACUUGUGUGUUGAUAUUUUUCAGCCCCAGAGGUUGUUGCCAAAUCUUUUCCAGAAAUCUGAUCUUUUUGACAUUAAUAAAUAUUACACCGCUAGCUGUGAAGAGAGUAAUUUAGCUGACACCCCAAAAAGACAUGUUCUCCCCCCUCUGCAGAGUCAUUAUUUAAACCAGUGACAGGAAACUGUGCUGAUGCAAGUGUCUGUAAUAAUCUUACCAUUAGUGUGCAUGUACUUCCACGGACCGCCUCUUUGUUGAGCUGUUUUCUUCCACCCCUGGGUCCAAUCUGCCUGGCAACAAUGGCAGCAUUGCUGCCUGGGAUGACACAAGCCAAACUGCUUUAUGGUGUAAGGAGUGAGAGGCUGAAUGAUUUUCAUGUGUGUGCGCCUGCCCGGUCAGUCUGCUUCAGUUUGCACGUUGGCCGUCAGUGUUUUGGAGUUUGUUCUAAAAAAAAAAAAAAAAAAAAAAAAAACCCACUUGAUGUGUUUGUUUCACACAAAGUCUUAACAGCAGUAUGAAACAUGUUUAGAAGGUUCCAUUCAUAAAAACAACCAGCUAAUAUAGAUUAUAUAAUUAAUGAAGGGAUAUAUCAUUUUAACUUUAAAACUUAAGAUCAUUAAUCAUUUUCUUGAAUUUUUAGGCCUCAAAUGUGUGUUUCCUUGUUUGAAUGACACUCAGAGCAGUGUUUGGUUUUUGUAGGGCUGCACUGAUGUUUAAAAUAACAAUUUGGCAGUUGAAUAUAUUUGAGUUCAUUGUGUGUUAUUUAUUUAGCCUGUAGUGCUGUGGAAACAAAGAACUUCAUUCUAAAAAAAUAGCGGACCAGUUUUAAACUCACUUCAACUGUUUUUGAACAUUAAGGCAGCACAACAUUAACGCAACAACAGAUAAAUAUCAGCUGUCUGCAUUGUUAGAAAAUGAAUCUCUGUUAUUGAAAUGUAAUAGAGAAGUCUGACAGAGCACACUGUACUCAUUAUUAAAUUAGAGCAUUUAUAAAGAUGUUAGUUUUAUGGCUUCAGUUGCUUUUGGCAGAUUAUUUUUGGGUUUGUCACUCUGCAAUAAUGACCUCUUUAAACUCGUGUGUGUGUGUGUGUGUGUGUGUGUGUAAGUGAGAGAGAGUGUGAGAGAGCGUGUGAGAGAGCUAGAAGUACUUUGUAAUCCAGUUUUUUCCUGUUGAAUGUUCGAAGACUUCUAUGCAACGCUCGUGUCUUGGCUUUAUUCUGUGGCAGUCUGAACUGACAAGCACUCAGCUGAGAAUGUAUUUCCAUUCAUUAUAUCCACUGUCCUGCAUGGAUGUACUGUAUAACACAUGACAUAUCUCACAGAGGAACACACACAUAUGUAUACGUUUUUCCUUUUGGCCCGUAUUUGUUGAGCUGCACCUGAUUGUUUAGACAUUGGCUGUAAUGUUGUGCAUCUCUUUGAUGCUCUUGAACGGUGCACCGACUGAGCCCAUGUGAAUACAGGUAGACCGCCUCUUAAUGGACUUCUGAAAUGUUGUUUUGCUAUUGAAAAUGUGUCUUCUGACAUUCGUCUGUACUACUUAAUAUGUAGCACUGGGAACAGAGUGACGACUCAUUUUCGUCUGAUACAUAAAUGGCAAACCUCAUUUCUUCCAUUGUCCCAUAGGACAGAUUCAUUCCUGUCCCACAGUGGACCCGGAGCUUCAUAAACCAUGAGAAGGAACCAAAGAUGUUUCUUUUUGUUGUCUUUUGCAGUACUUUUCUCUGGCCCUGUAUAUUUUGUUUCUUGUUAAAUAAAAGAACUAACUUAC